AUGGACUUGCAGCUGAGGUAUCUCCAUUGGGAUGGAUACCCUCUGACAUCUUUGCCUAGCAAUUUUCGUCCACGAAACCUUGUUGAAAUUAACCUGUCAUCUAGCAAGGUUAACCAACUGUGGAGAGGAGAGCAGAAUCUCGUCAAUUUAAAAGAUGUCAACCUCAGCCAUUGUGAGCACAUAACUUUCCUGCCAGACCUUUCAAAGGCCAGAAACCUUGAGAGAUUGAAUCUUCAAUUCUGUAAAAGUUUGGUUGAGUUUCCUUCAUCUGUUCAGCAUCUGGACAAGCUUGUUGAUUUAGAUUUGAGAGGCUGCAAAAGACUAAUCAAUCUUCCCAGUAGAAUUAAUUCAAGUUGUCUGGAGACUCUGAACCUUUCUGGUUGUGCAAAUCUCAAGAAGUGCCCAGAGACUGCAAGGAAACUGACAUAUUUAAAUUUAAAUGAGACUGCUGUUGAAGAGCUUCCCCAAUCAAUGGGGGAACUCAACGGACUUGUGGCGUUGAAUUUGAGGAACUGCAACCUCUUGGUGAAUCUUCCAGAAAACAUGUAUUUGCUGACAUCUCUUCUAAUUGCUGAUUUCUCUGGCUGCUCUUCUAUCAGCGGGAUUCCCGACUUUUCGAGGAAUAUAAGAUACUUGUACUUGAAUGGAACAGCAAUAGAAGAACUUGUUGCACAUACUGGACCGAAA